AAAAACGUAUGUGCCUCAAUUUCAGUUUUGCUGUUUCCAUGACUUUCCUCUUAUCAAGAACAUUUCUUUCUCUCACACUCAGACCUUCUUGUUCGAUUUCCAUGGCGAAUUUAACGACGAACGCGAAAGCUUGCCUGAGAGGCGUUGUAUUCGAUAUGGACGGAACCCUUACGAUUCCGGUCAUCGAUUUCGCCGCAAUGUACAGGUCUGUCCUCGGUGAAGAUGAGUACAAGCGAAUCAAAGCGGAGAGUCCUACUGGAAUCGAUAUUCUGCACCAUAUCGAGUCGUGGAGCCCCGAUAAACAGCAGAAGGCGUAUGAAAUCAUCGCCGACUAUGAGAAACAAGGAAUAGAUCAGCUCCAAAUCAUGCCCGGUGCUGCAGAACUAUGUGGCUUUCUUGAUUCUAGGAAGAUAAAGAGGGGGUUAAUUACACGCAAUGUUAAGAAGGCAAUCGACAUCUUCCACCAACGUUUUGAGGUUAUUUUUACUCCAGCACUAGGCAGAGAGUUUCGUCCAUAUAAACCAAACCCAGACCCGCUGUUGCAUAUAUGUUCUGCAUGGGACAUCCAACCUAAUGAAGUCAUGAUGGUUGGUGACAGCUUAAAAGAUGAUAUAGCAUGUGGGAAACGGGCUGGAGCCUUCACUUGCUUGCUAGAUGAAACCGGAAGGUAUGGACCAGAUGAUUUCUCUGUCUCCGGACUGCAGCCUGAUUUUAAGAUUGAAUCUUUGUCCGAAAUUCAGAACAUAUUGGAGACCAACUUCCACCUGAACCCAUAGUUUUUUUUUUCCAAGUUCCUCAUCUUGUAAACUCAGUGGCCAGAAUGGUUUCCUACUCAACAAAGGCUGUAGUUUGCAGCAGAAUCACUAUUGUAAGAGAGAUGAUGUCAUUACACGGUAUCUGUUCAGAAUACUCAUAAAUAUCAAACUACAGAGUUCUA